UAGUUAUCUGAUGUUGAUAAACAAGUCGACGUAGCAUAUCGAUUACUGGCAAACGGCAACUACAUAAGUUAGCUGGACUUGAACCAACUCCUGUCGGUGACCUGGCGAUAACGUUGCAACGAGCUGCAGCCUCCAGCGUGGUGCUUGACUUCCAGUCUGCAACCAUUUAAUAGCUAACGGCUUCAUGGAAUCUGAAUCCCCAUCUGGAAGAAAUAUUUCGGUGUGUAAAAUCAGCUGGUAAACAGUGUCCUGAUGGAGUGGGUGUUCAUCAUGAACCGAAUGAGCUCUCAGGGCAGUUCUGCGGCCCAGCGAAGGCGCAUGGCCCUGGGGGUGGCCAUACUCCUGUUGGUGGAUGUCAUCUGGGUAGCCUCCUCAGAGCUAACCUCAUACAUCUUCAAGCGACAGGAGUACAACAAACCCUUCUUCAGCACAUUCACCAAGACCUCCAUGUUUGUGCUGUACUUGCUGGGUUUCCUGCUGUGGCGGCCCUGGAGGCAGCAGUGCACUGGCACCCUGAAACGGCGGCACUCUGCGUUUUUUGCUGAUGCAGAGGCCUACUUUGCAGCCUGCACCACUGACACGUCCAUGAACAACGGUUUGAGUGAACCACUGUAUGUUCCAAUGAAGUUCCAGGACGUACCCGCCGAGCACUCAAAUUGUCUCAUCGGGGACUGUGAAUCCUCGGCUUCCAAAAAGCAGCGGGUGCGUUUUAGUAAUAUCAUGGAGGUGCGUCAGUUGCCCUCAACUCAAGCCCUGGAGGCCAAACUGUCCCGCAUGUCCUACCCAGCCGCCAAGGACCACGAGGCCAUGUUACGCACAGUGGGCAAACUAACCAUCACCGAUGUGGCCAAAAUCAGCUUCUUCUUCUGCUUUGUGUGGUUCCUGGCCAACCUGUCCUAUCAAGAAGCCCUGUCCGACACGCAGGUUGCCAUCGUCAACAUCCUGUCGUCCACCUCAGGCCUGUUCACGCUCAUCUUAACAGCGAUAUUUCCCAGCAACAGCAGCGACCGCUUCACUUUGUCCAAACUGUUAGCUGUGGCUCUGAGCAUGGGAGGUGUUAUCCUCAUGUGUUUCUCCAGCAUGGACAACCCUGAUGGGAAAGGCAUCACAGGUUCUUUGUGGUCGCUGGCGGGGGCGGUGCUGUACGCCAUCUACAUCGUAAUGAUCAAGAGGCGAGUGGACCGGGAAGAUAAGCUCGACCUCCCCAUGUUCUUUGGGUUCGUGGGUCUGUUCAACCUGCUGCUGCUGUGGCCCGGCUUCCUCCUGCUCCACUACACGGGCUUCGAGGCCUUUGAGCUCCCCAGCCAGCUGGUGUGGACCUACAUCCUCAUCAACGGCCUCAUUGGAACCGUUCUGUCUGAGUUCCUCUGGCUGUGGGGCUGUUUCCUCACAUCGUCUCUGAUCGGGACUCUGGCAUUGAGCCUCACUAUCCCGCUCUCUAUUAUGGCAGAUAUUUGCAUGCACAAGGUACGAUUUUCGUGGCUGUUUUUUGCCGGAGCCGUCCCUGUCUUCCUCUCGUUCUUCAUCGCCGCGCUCUUAUGCCACUACAACAACUGGGAUCCUGUCCUGGUCGGGCUGAGGAGAGUGUACGUCUUCAUUUGCCGGAAACAUCGCAUUCAGAGAUUGCCAGAAGACAGCGAGCAGUGUGAAAGCCUCAUUCCCCUCCAGCCCUUCUCCCCCAGCGAAGCCAGCUUCUGCUCGUGAAGCAGCAGUCCGACACAAAGUGGCGAAUGUGUUUCCCGCUGAGCAGACAAUCUGGAAAGCCUUCAGAGACCUUGAUCUACCCCAGUGCCUUCUAUUAAAUCUAUUUAUUUUCCACUGUGUUGAGGCGACACAUCCAUUUCUACAAGUUGGUUUUUUAUUUUCACAUUCCAGUCAUCACAGACUGAUAUUCAAUUUUUUUUACUUUUUUUUUUUCAAUUAUUUCUUUGUAAAGAAAAAACAACCUCAUAGUCCUCAAGGUGCUGGACUUUAUGAGUGAUUACUAUAUUGUCAUGUGACCAAAUGAAACGGUACAUUUCAAACUUGUUUAUAACACUUGCAGAGUAACCGAGUGUUUCUUUAAAAAUCUGAAAUCAGUGUUCGGAGUUCACAUCCGACCGGAAUAAUGUUCCGGUCGUUAGCGUGUUAGUCUGGAGGCCCUUCGGAGCCUUGCUGCUUGUUUGUCAGAGUUUGUGUGUGUGUGUGUGUGGCUUCACAAAGGACAAUCUGUCACACGUGUGAGUAAACGGUUUAUGUUUGAUUCGUCAGCCUUUGACGGUGAAAACUUUUUCAUACUUCAGCCAUCUGACACUCGUCACGUGAUGAGUCGGUUCAAUGCGACCGCAUUGUUGUCAAGAAACGCAGCACGUUGAUGAGUUUGUGUCACUCAGCCUCGGCAGGCAGCUUGGGUAAUGUCAAAACCCUUUCACAGUGACCCGGGAAAUAUCCUACUUUAAAAAAAUAUAUAUAUAUUUUACUUUUCUGUUGUGAAGAAAUCCUUGUGUAAGUCGGACAUGAAGAACAGCUGAAAGCCUUGGACGGCUUUCUUGGUUCCAUUUGUACCUCUGACAGUGCUGGAUCAUGAAGACAAACUGUGAUAGAAACAUGACCUUUGUGCUUAAAGAUGAAUUCAUAAUAACCUUCAGCUAUAAGCUACAAAACGCCGUGCUGCAAUAACGGCUGUCUGCUCGAAUGAGCCAAUGCCAUUGUUCAAAAUGGUUGUGAAUACUUUACACAGUGAAGCAUCAACGAGUAUUGAUGCUUUCUUUGUGAAAGUCAGAUGACCACUACAGAUUUCUGUCUCUGAUUUUAUUUUUAGCGUUUUGUAUUUUCUGUGUUAUUGUAAAAUGACGGCCAAAUUACUUGCAGCUGAGAUGAUAUCCCAUUGAUUCGACUGCGGUUUUCUUCCAAGCAAAUUGGAUGAAUUGACUUAAUUAACUGUUUUUGAUUCCAUGAGAAGACAGCAUUUCUAUUUGCAGCCUCGGUGUCUGACGUGUAAUCCAGCAUGUACACACAACAGUCGAAGGGGAAAAGCAAAUGUUAUUCCACGUCCUGUGAAAAGUGAGUUGUGUUUGUUGCACUCAGAAUUGAGUGGACGGAUGAAGUGAUAACUGUCCUGUGAGGAUGAAUCAACAGGUUGAGCACUUUAAGUGACAUAUUUAAACUGGUUCAUGUACAUUGUAUUACUGCCUUUGUUUUUACCAAUCACAGUUGCUUCAUAUAAAAGCUUUUUUUAGGAUGAUUAGACCUCUGCUUAGACUGCAGUGGAAUCAUAUGAUUUCUUUCUUUCUCAGGUACCGUCUUGUUUUUCUUUCUUUCUCUUUUAAGUGUCAUUAAUGAAGAUGUUAUAUUAAGAUGUCUAUUAGUAACCUCCCUUUCAUCAACCUUUACUCUUGAAUAAUUCUUUUAUUUUGUAAGUCUGCUUUAAUACUUACACUAUUAAAACCUCUCUUUUUAAAUCAUUGUGUUAAAUGGGGUGAUUCAGGAUCACAUUUCUGUUGCUCAGAUGGGUUGAAGCAGCAGCAUCUGUUCUUUGAUUUGCAUGCAUUUGCUCACCUACUGCGAUGUAGAACAGUCGAUGUCUAAAGGAAACUAAUUUCAGGGUUUUAACAAUGUCCAAUACAAAGAUGAUAUGAACAUCUGAACCUUGGAACAAA